CUAACCCUUGAAUACUGACCUAGCCCAAGAACAAACCUGUGCUGAAAAUAGAAACUACCCCUUUUCCUACAUCACUAACUGCUCCCUAAGCAGCGGAGAACCUGAGCUCUCUCCCGACUCCUGGCCAAUCUGUUGGUCCAUAAAACUGGCUUGAAGUCUCAGAGCUCCAGCCUACUGUCUCUUCUUUGAUUUUUCCGCUCUGACAGAUUUGCUUUCCUCGUUCUACCCCCCAACUGGUUUCUUUUUUUUCUUUACUUGCAAUCAUUUUAUGCUUUAAAUUUACAUUUUGGAUUCUGAAUAUUUGGUGAAUACAGGAUUUAGUGGAUACAGACUUUAGAAGAAGGGCUCGCAACCAUCUCUUUAAAAAAUUAAUUCAUUACAGCCAUUUCAGUCCAGUCUUAUCGGACAGAUGCGAUACAUGAUUCUAGGAUGCUGAGAACUUUUCUUGGAUGAAGCAAAAAAUAAACUCUCCUGUCCUAAAUGCGUACUUGGUGAGGAGGGGGGCGGAGUUCAUGGAAAGAAGGUGCAGGAUUGGAGCCAGAAGGGAUUUAGGGCUGAAAACACUAGUUACUCCUCUGGCUCCUUUUUCUCUGCCAAGACUGAAACAAGGGGCACUACACAAUGCUUCCGGCCGGCAACUGCGGCUUGCUGGGGCGCUGAAGCGGGGGAUACACAGUGCUCCGCCGUGGCUACGGCACAGCAUCACUGGGUGUGGUCUGAUACGGCUCGGUCUAACUGCAACUGUAAGGCAAACCAGGGUAGCCGAGAUUAAGGCUUUAGGAUUCAGUAAGUUUCUUAAAAACAAAGCAAAACAAAAGAAAAUUUCCCGGGGGGAAUAGCUCAAACUAAGUAUCCCAUUGCGAGUAUAACUUUGCAUUUAGUCCAUUGUUUCAAGAACAAAACGCUCCUUCUCGGCCUCAAAUACCUGACGGCCUGAGAAAACUAAAGGCUCUUAAACGGAUUCGGCAAGCAGUUUUCUUUCAGACGGAAGGGAAUGCACAACCAAAUUCUAUCAGCAUUCACGCCAGUAGGGGAGGAAGGUAGCCGGGAAGGACCAAAAUUAAAAACCCACAGAAGUGCCAGAGCGCGCAGACGACGUCUGACGUAGUCUUCCUGCCGCAGAGCAUUUCGGGAGGAACGGCAGAAUGCGGGGUUGGCUCCUUCUCUGAAGAGGAAAUUAAUUUCGAGGACAGCUAGAGGUGCGUGCCCGGUACCCGUGGCAACUUGGGGUUGCCUACGUUUUGUAGAAAGAGCACUGCCCUCGCGGAGCGGGGACCGCCCCACGUUUUCCUGCGUCCCAGAGAGACGCGUGGUGACGCAAUUCCUGAGCGCGCCAAUCCCUGGUGCCUGGAGGGCAGGCUCUUAAAAUUUGAAUUGCCAGAUAGUUUUGGUGUUAGGGAACCUCAAGGAGGUGGUGAGCGUCACCUGGUGCUCGGCCGCUGCGGCCGACUUGGGCCAGAGGCAGAAGCCGUGGUGUUCCUGCCCGCCCUCUAAGCGAAGUCGAGCCCGGGCCGCCGCCGUCUCUACGGUGCCGGUCUCUUCACCCAAGGUUCCUCUGGCCCCCUGCUGAAGGUCUAUCCUGAAAAUUGUGUUUAGGCAAAUUUUGUGUUAGAGGAAAUUUGUUGCUGCUGUUUUUCAAGAUGAUUGCAACACCUUUGAAACAUCCAGGAACUCACUUGUCUUCAGUGACUUCUUUUCAAAGGAGAAAUAUGCCCAUGCAUGCAAUCUUUUUUGACAGCAUUCCUUCAGGCACACUUACUCCUGUAAAAGAUUUGGCAAAAUAUCAGAAGUCCUCUUUAAAACUGAAUAACCAUAAAGAGAGUCCGUUCCUAGAAAAGACAAUUUUUAAUAAUAAAAAUAUAUUCCAAUCUACUAUGCUAGCAGAGGCUACUGCCUCUAACAGUUCUCUUGAUAUCAGUGCCAUAAAGCCCAAAAAGGAUGGAUUAAAAAAUAAAGCCAGCUAUGAAUCACCAGGAAAAAUAUUUCAAAGAAUGAAAGAAAAAGUACUUCGUAACAAGCAAGAACAAGCAUCAAGAAACAGUAGUUUGUUGGAACCACCAAGAAAUGAAAGUAAUAAAAUUUUUACUUCUAACGGUGCUGAGGAAAGAUUAUUACAGCAUACCUACCUCUGUGAAGAAAAGGAAAACAAGUCAUUCCAGCCAGAAAACAGUUCACUAAGAGCAAAACAAAAUUCAGCUCCAGUCCAAGAAGUUCUUCUAGAAUCAUCAAAUAUUUUCCUGCCAGUCAAACCAAAGAUUAAAUAUCAGCAGGAAGCACCUCUGCACAAUUUAAUUUAUGAGCUUCCAGUUCUGAACCAAGAACACGAAAAUGUUUCAGCUGCCAGAGUGUCAAACAAGGCAUUAACUAGAGCUCAGUUGGCUAAACAAAUUCUUCACUCCCAGCAGAAUACACUUGUAACCACUCAGUCCAAAAAGGACACAUUUAUUUUGGAAGGCAUUGAUUCUACCUGUGAAAAAUCCCCAGAUACCACUGUUGAGACUCUCUGUAUUCCUAUUAAAGAUGAUGGUCAAUUAAUGGUUUCUGGUGAUAGUACGAUUACAACAAAAGGCACUUCAAAACAGGAAAUUAAGGAAGGAAAUGAGAUAACAACAUUCAGAAAGACUGGUCUUCCAGGUUCAAUGAAUGAUACAUGUAAAAUUGUGCUUGCAACUCCAAGAUUUCCUAUAGCAGUACCUCGGAGAUCAAAAAGAAAUGCCUGGAGGCUUUCUCCAAGUAUAUUCCAAACUAUUACAAAUGAAGUUAAAGAAAAUAAGGUAGUUCAACUACAGGAAUGGAUGAUUAAAAUCAUCAACAAUAACACUGCUAUAUGUGUAGAAGGAAAACUGAUAGACAUCACUAACAUAUAUUGGCACAGUAAUGCAAUUAUAGAACGGAUUAAGCACAACAAACUUAGGACUUUAUCAGGCAACAUUUAUAUAUUAAAAGGAAUGAUAGAUCGGAAUUCCAUGAAAGAAGCAGGUUACCCACAUUAUCUCAUAAGGAAAUUUAUGUUUGGAUUUCCAGAAAAAUGGAAAGAGUACAUUGAUAAUUUUUUAGAACAGUUAAGGGCUUGUAAUAAGAAAGAAGCAAAGGCCAGACAAAAACAGAAAACUGGAAGAUUUGUUCCUGACAUUCAAAAAUCAAUGAAAAAUGACACAGGGGGAAAAAAAACAGAUGUCCUCCAAAGAGCCAGCACCACUUAUGACCUUGAUUGUGAUCAUUUGGAGAGAACUGAAGAAUCCAAAGUAUCCAUUGAUAUUCUAACAUCAAGGGAACAGUUUUUCUCAGGUGAAGAAAGAAAAUAUAUGGCUGUUAAUCAGAAGAAACCUUAUGUUUUAGUGACACCACUUAAAUCUAAAAAAAUUAUAGAGCAAAAAUGCAUGUAUCAUAACCUGUCUUCUGGCACCAUUAAAGCAAUAACAGAUUUUGCAGUGCCAGAGCAUCAACAAGAAAGUAAGUCAGACUUAAGUGAGACUACAGGUCUAAUCAGUAAACCCACAAAAACUUUAGAAAGUACAUUUGAGUAUAGUGUGGGUCCUAAAAGUAAAAACAAGGACGAUUGUAUUGAACGUGAUUUACUCACUGUCAACCAGAAAAUAAAAAUACCUACUCCUGAAAAGGAACAAAUGGUCACCUCUGACUUUAAGGAAAAUACAAAGUUAUCAAAAUUGAAGAAAGUUGAAAAUCAAGUAACUGUGUCACUUUACAAGCAUCAGUCUUCAUCAGAUUUGUCUAAUGCAGAAAGUGAGAAAGGAAAAAAUUUUAGAAGGAAAGUUGGAGUUGUUAAGAAAACCAGAGCAAGAAAUACCAAGGAAACAGUGGUUGACCUGAGAAAAAGCACAAGAAACACAAGGACAAUCCCAGUGAGGUCUGAAUCUGAAACUGAAGAAAGUGAAAAUGAAUUUCACAUGAAACCAAAGAAAGCCAGAUGUUCUGCCGAAGGAAAUCUUAAGAAAUCUGGUAUUAGCGAUGAACUUCCAAUUAUUGAGACAGUGAAAUAUGGUAAAAUGAACAGUCAAUACUUAGAAUGUUUACCUGGCUUAACUCAGGAUGAGGAUUGGAAUGAGAAAGAAUUACAGAAACUUCAUUGUGCUUUUGCAUCUCUUCCAAAGCACAAACCUGGUUUCUGGUCAGAGGUAGCUAUGGCUGUAGGUUCUCGAUCUGCUGAUGAAUGCCAGAGGAAAUAUUUGAAAGAUUCCCAAGGAAAAGGAUCCAGGAAACAUGUCACCAAGAAAAACCCAGCCAAACCCAAAGGCCAAAAUGGUAAGGUCAGUGAUACUGAUAAGAAGCAAGCUAUUAAGAUAACUGCCAAAGUGGGAACUCUCAAAAGGAAACAGCAGAUGAGGGAUUUUAUGGAACAGAUGCCAAAAGAUGACCAUGAUGAUUUUUUCAGUACAACACCUUUGCAGCAUCAGAGAAUACUGUUACCAAGUUUCCAGGACAUUCAAGAAGAGGAUGAUAUUCUGCCAGAUAUGGACAAAAAUCCAACAACUCCAUCAUCAGUUAUCUUUCCACUGGCAAAAACUCCUCAGUGUCAGCAUAUCAGUCCUGGCAUGCUAGCUUCUAUAAAUAGGGAUGAUUGUGAUAAAUAUGUUUUUCAUAUGCAAAAAAACCAUAAAAGUAAAGGUGGCAUUGUCUGGGGCAAUAUCAAGAAGAAAACAGGUGAAACUGAUUUUGCAACUCCACCAUCAAGAAGAAAAACACCAUUUAACAAAGAAUUACCAGAAAACGCUGAUAUUGGAAAACUUUUCACUAAUGCUAUGGAAUCUUUAGAUGAAGAAGAGAAAGAUUAUUAUUUUUCAAACUGUGAUUCUGCGUAGUAAAAAUGGGAGAAUAUUUCCAAAAUGUUUAUCAAGAAGCAGACAGUGUAUCUGUGUCUUCAUUUGAAAUAUAUAUAUUUUCUUUAUAAUGUAGCUUCAUGUAAAAUUUCAGACUGUUUUUCAAAGGUUUCAUGACUUAUAGUUUCAAGCAAAUCAUGUUCUAUACAUAUUUUUUUUUAGGCAUUCAAGAAAAUGUUGCUAUCCUUGGGAGAGGUGGGGGUGUGGGCCAGGGUGGGGUGGUGGGUGGGGAGUGGGGGGAAUGAAGCAAUACCAAAUAGAUUGUACUGGUUUGCAUUUGUUACCACUUGGUAUACAAGUUACAGUUGAUCUAAUGUUUAAAUUACAUAUUGUUUAAACCAUUUGACAAGUUUUUUCCUGAUUGUUUUUCUUAGAAUUUGUGAUUGGUACAUCAUGAAUUUAAUUUAUUGCUUUUUCAGUAUUUUUAUUAGGUAGAGUAAUAGAGCAAAUCUUGUUGUAUUCUUAACCAGAUAUAGUCUAAAUUUGGUCUCAGUAUUUAAAAGAUCAAACUCAAGUUAUAGAUCUACUAUUGUAAGGACUCAAUACAUCAUGUCAUAGUAAACAUUGUUUUGCUUUCAGACAGCUUUAGCAAUAAACCUCUUUUAGCUUAUUCUGCCAUUAUGUUUUAAAAUUUGACAUAGAAUUUUCUCCCCUCUGGCUACAGUACCUAUUUGCCCAUCCUUUUUCUCCAUUUAGGUUGUUCAAAUAAACUUAGUUUGCUUUCAUAA